UCGGUCUCCAGUAGGAUUUUGCGCCUCGGGUACUCUUCGGCCAAUCGCCUUGCGUGUCCUGGAAUUUCGAUCGAACUUAGUUCGCACUGUUGGACUACAGGCCGAAUGAGUGCUGGCGAUCAACGCACACUGUUCGAACAACCGUUGAGUGUGAUAGACAUUUUGCUGUCGGGGAGAAAAACAAAAAAAUUUUUGUUGUUACUGAUGUUUGAUUACUAUCAUUUAUUAUAUUAGUUAUUUGGCGAGGGACUGUGUGUGGUGUUUUUGGAACGUAUUGAACGUAUUUUAAUCAUUCACAGGGGUAACAUUUAUAUCUGCUAAAAUGGAAUCCUGUGGAAUGAGCGCGAUUAAAUAUAUCUUAUUUCUCUUCAAUUUGAUAUUUGCGAUAUCGGGAAUUGGAAUAAUAGUGGCAGGAGCCAUAGUCUUGGCGGACGUGGGUGAGUUCAGCCAUUUCUUAGAGGGAAGAAUAAUAGCACCACCGAUAGUACUGAUAGUGGCAGGCGCUAUCGUUUUUAUCAUAGCCUUUCUAGGCUGCUACGGAGCCGUAAAAGAAAAUUACAAUAUGCUGAUUGCAUUCGCCGUAGCACUGUUGGUUAUCUUCGUGAUCGAGCUCGCCGUAGGAAUCGCAGCCGCUGUCUUUAAAAAUGACUUCAGCAUGGUCAUGAAGGAUAGCUUGAAAGCUUCCAUGAUGAAUUAUACAGAAGCUGAUAAAAUGGCUUGGGAGAAUGUUCAAAAAAAGCUGGAGUGUUGCGGCAUUGAUAAUUCCAAUGAUUGGAUCACAGCGAAAGGGAUAACAAGUAAUACACUGCCUGAUUCCUGUUGCAAAGAUUUGCCAGUAGGAGGUGCCUGUCACACGUAUGACAUUAAAAUGCUGCACACGAAGGGCUGUUUCGCCGAAUUAGAAUUUCGUGUUCAAAACGGUGCAAAAGUUUUGAUCGGUGUCGGGAUUGGCAUUGCUUUUGUAGAGAUUGCUGGGAUCAUAUUGGCGUGCUAUCUGGCGCAAGCGAUAAAGAGGGAAGGUGGCAAGUAAAAUGUUAUGUAUCGAUGAUUUUAUUUAUGGUAUCCAUUUUCCGAGAAAAAAAAUAUUCGAUACAGAUUGUUUGGCUUUUGUUAAUUGUCGUCUGUUUUUUUUUAAUUCUUCGGAAGAAAAUAUUUGAAUUAUAAAAUUUUCGGUACGUUGGACAUUUCUUUAAACUCGUCCAAGGAUUCCAAAAGGAAUUGAUUUUUUUAUGCAAUUUUUUAUAUUUUCUUCGAAAAUAAGCUUGUUUCGUACAAGUGUCAUUUCCCAGGAAUUUUUCAUUAUCGAAAUCGUCUUCACUCGGAUUCACACAAAGUACUCUAUAUAUCUAUACAUCCCUCAGAUAAUAGUGGGCAAAAUCAAUAAAAAGGAACGAUAAGAAAUAACAUCGACAAAUAUUUCCUUUACUCGCUGAAUGUCAUACAAUUCAUACAACUCAAUUUUUAUAACGCACACUUAUAUGAGCUUCGAUUUUCUGUCUUUGUUCCUUGUCACCCGGUACAAAGAAUAAAUAAAGAUAUUCGAUAUCUCAAUUAAUCAGAAUAGAAACUCUUAUAAACAAUUUCAUAUUGACACUGUGUGCCUUAUGUAUGUUGCAUUAAUCAAUAAUUAAUCAAACGCUUAUCGUGUCACAAGUAGAUGUUAAUUAACGAGAAAUCCCACGUGGAAUCUUUUAUUCGUAUAAAUAUAAAGGAAACUGCAUUGUCCCCUAAUUAGUUUGCCAGGAUAAUUAAUAUAAUUAUCUUAAUACGAUGUACUAUGUAUAAUAAUCGUAAUUAUAAAUCUAGAAUCCUGUGCUUAAUCUUAUAAUCGUAAUUUAGCAUUAUUAUUAACCCAUCGAGAAUUCGCAUAACUUAAGAACAAUUACACAACAAUAUAUUCAGUAUCAAUUAACAAAGCUAACACGCCUAUUUCUUUAAUUGAUCAGUUAUCGAUAUUUAUUUAUCGACAAGAUAAACAUUCAUGCCGCUAAACCAUUUUUUAUCAUCUUGUUAUUCACAAAAUUUCCCUUCAGUGAUAAUCACAUGGUAUGUACUAUAGUACAGUAUAAUGAAAUAUAUAUAUAUAAAAUA